UCCUACAGCAAAAGCGAAAGUAAGAGAAAGAAAGAUCUGAGAGAGUACGCUUUAGUGAGAAAAAAAUAUAAGAGAUCGACCGAGAUGGCAGUUAUUAGGUGGUGUGCAAUGCUGGUUCUUGUUCUAGCUAUAGUUCAGACUAGUAAUGCAGCAAGAACUGCGCCCAGCAGCAAUGGGGGCAGCGGCCUCGACGACCAAAAGAACUUUAUUUCAUACGGCGGAGUUGGCGGCUAUUCUGGGCUCGGCAACGAUGGACUCCCCUUUGGCGGAGUGGGUGUAGCUGCUGGCAUGGGUGGUGGGCUCGGCGGCGGACUCGGUGGAAUGGGUGGCUUCGGUGGUGUUGGUGCGGGUGGUGUUGGCGGUGUGCCUGGUGUUGGAGUUGGGGUUCCAAUUAAUCCUUGAAGUUGUUUAUGUACUUGUACUACAUGGGAUUUGAGUUUACCUACCAAUUACCUUAUCCAUAUAUAAUAUGAUCUAGUGCUGUUUGGAAGUUAAUUAGUUGAUUAGCUGUGUGAGAUGUUAGAAGUUUAUCUCUAUUAUGUUUUUCUUUUCUGAGCCGUGAGAGAUCGAUGUUUGUAUUUGGAUAUGUUUUGUUUCCUAAUGUCUAAUUAGAAACCAAAAAUAAGAAUAUUGAAGAAAAUGUU